AUGGCCUCCAAGACCAUCCCUCGCGCUCUGCGCCUUUCCACUCGCGUAGCUGUCCCUCGUCGCACAUUUGUCUCGGUUACUCGAGCUCGCCCUAGCGUUGUCGCUGCCACCCGUGCUCCUGCUGCUGUGGCCACUCGCGGAAUCAAGACCAUUGACUUUGCUGGCACCAAAGAGGAUGUUUACGAACGUGCCGACUGGCCUCGUGAUAAGCUCCACAGCUACUUCAAGAACGACACCCUCGCUCUCAUCGGCUACGGCUCCCAGGGUCACGGUCAGGGUCUCAACCUCCGUGACAACGGCCUCAAUGUCAUCAUUGGUGUCCGUAAGGAUGGUGCUUCCUGGAAGGAGGCCAUUCAGGAUGGAUGGGUCCCCGGAAAGAACUUGUUCGAUGUCGAGACCGCCAUCAACAAGGGUACCAUCAUCAUGAACCUUCUCUCCGAUGCUGCCCAGUCCGAGACCUGGCCCCAGAUCAAGCCUCUCCUCACCAAGGGAAAGACCCUCUACUUCUCCCACGGUUUCUCCCCCGUUUUCAAGGACUUGACCAAGGUCGAUGUCCCCACCGAUAUCGAUGUUAUCCUCGUCGCCCCCAAGGGUUCCGGCCGUACCGUCCGCUCCCUCUUCCGUGAGGGCCGUGGUAUCAACUCUUCCAUUGCCGUCUUCCAGGAUGUCACUGGCAAGGCCAAGGAGAAGGCUGUUGCCAUGGGUGUUGCUGUUGGAUCCGGUUACCUUUACGAGACCACCUUUGAGAAGGAGGUCUACUCCGACUUGUACGGUGAGCGUGGUUGCCUCAUGGGUGGUAUCCACGGUAUGUUCCUUGCUCAGUACGAGGUUCUCCGUGAGCGUGGCCACUCUCCCUCUGAGGCCUUCAACGAGACUGUUGAGGAAGCCACUCAGUCUCUUUACCCUCUCAUUGGAGCCAACGGCAUGGACUGGAUGUACGCCGCUUGCUCCACCACCGCCCGUCGUGGUGCCAUUGACUGGUCCCCCAAGUUCAAGGACGCCUUGAAGCCUGUCUUCGACGAGCUGUACACCAGCGUCAAGACCGGAAAGGAGACACAGCGCUCUCUGGAAUACAACUCACAACCCGACUACCGUGAGCGUUACGAGAAGGAGUUGGAGGAGAUCCGCAACUUGGAGAUCUGGCGCGCCGGAAAGGCUGUCCGCUCUCUCCGCCCUGAGAACCAGAAGUAA